UAUUCACACACACACACACACGCGCACAACUUGAAAAUGCGACUGAGCUUCUACAGAGAAAAAAAAAAUUAUCUUACGUUCUCUGCUGCAGUACAGAACAGACAAAACACAUGCGCUUGCUCGAUAUUCGCGCAGUCAGUCCAGUCAGUCCAGCUUCGCUCUCACUGGCAGAAUUUUCCAUUUAUUGCUGCAGUUGUCGGAAAAAUUGAUUUCAAAAUAUUUGCCAUACAAACAUGUUACUGUUCUCUCUGACGGAUCAACUAUUAUGCUGUCCUAAACACCAGAAAACAAAGACAAGCAUUGCAAAAACAGCAGCAGCAACAACAAAAACAGCAACUACUAAACUCUAUAAAACUUUAUAACAAGAGAUUUUCGUUUUCGUGCAAUUUUAAGAAAAGCAACAACAACAGCCAAGCGACAACACAGAAAAGUUGACGCAAACAUUUCUUAAAAUCACCGAAAAAUAAACGAAACGGAAAAAGGCGUGUCAGCUACACAGCAAAAUAGAAAUUAAAUUGCAAACAAAUUACGCUUAAAGCGAUAAACAAAUUAAAACUCUUUUUAAAAAAGGAAAACGAAACGAUAAACUACAAAGAAUUUAAAUUUUAAAAUAUUUUUCGAGUACACAAUUUAACCAACCAAAUUCGUUAAAGAGGGGAAAUUACAUUUUAUUUCCGUUCUAGGUACAUGUAAUAUAGUUUGGCAUAGCUUGCUUUUAGGCGCAGUUAGUUUGGUGACAACUAAACUAGCUGCCUUAGAAAAUAAAACUAUUUAAGCUUAGCUUAACUAUAAGCGCUACACGGCGUCGCUUUGAAUUAUACUAAAAAUUUCAUAUUUUCGUAAUGAAAAUUGCCAACAUGAAAUUUAAGCGCAAAUAUGGCUGUUUAAAUAUUUGAAAAAUAAUAUUAGUGUAUUUUUCGAAUAGUUUAUUUCAUAGUAUUUUAUAAGUUUACAAACAUUAUAAAUAAAUCCCUUGUCUAACUAAUCCUGUAUCUGUCUGUUUGUGUCUUCUGUAAACCCCCUACCCACCUACUGGUUAGAUUAAACACAUACACUUACACUUACACAUACAUACAUAAAGCGCUACUCAUACACAUAAAAUUUAAUAAUAUUUAAGCUAUCUUAGCUAAACACUAAAGGGCAUACUUUUGUAAUUAUACAGCUGGCAUUUGUAGUAUUUGAUUCAAGCAGACGCUUAAUAAUUUCAAGAUUUUUUUCACAAUUUCCUACCGCUCCUCUUACCAAGUGUAUGCUUAAUAUUUUUUUUUGAAAUUUUGUAACAAAUUUUUUUCAAUAUACACAUUAAUAAAUGUAAAACCGUUAAAUCAAAUGAUAUUAUAAUCAAAUUACCAAUAAAACAAUAACAAUUACAUAAAUCGUUAAAUUAAUUGUACUUAAAAAAUAAUAACAACGUGCAACAUGGAUGCUUUUUCGCCCGAUUUGCUAUGGAUGGUCGUGCUCGGCUUUCUGAUCGCUUUUGUGUUGGCAUUCGGUAUUGGCGCUAACGAUGUGGCAAAUUCUUUUGGCACGAGCGUUGGUUCGGGUGUGCUAACUAUAAGACAAGCUUGCGUACUGGCGACAAUAUGUGAAAUUUCCGGUGCAGUUUUGAUUGGUUACAAAGUUUCGGACACUAUGCGUAAAGGUAUUUUGGAAGUUGGUCUUUACGAAGACGCCGAAGAGGAAUUAAUGCUCGGCUGUGUCGCUGCGCUGGCAAGCAGCGCUAUUUGGUUGCUGGUCGCCACAUUUCUCAAGCUACCUAUUUCCGGUACACACAGUAUUGUCGGUUCAACAAUUGGUUUUUCGUUGGUGGCACGUGGUACACAAGGUCUUAAAUGGUCCACAUUGGCCACCAUUGUUGGUUCAUGGUUUAUAUCGCCGGUGAUGAGUGGUUUGGUCAGUAUUUUACUCUUUUUGGCAAUACGUAAAUUUAUUUUGCGCGCCAGCGAUCCACUAAAGGCGGGAUUUCGCUCAUUGCCGAUCUUCUACGGUGUCACUUUUUUCAUAAAUGUCAUUAGUGUGGUGUUGGAUGGACCGAAGUUACUUUACAUGGAUAACAUUCCCACCGGUAUUGCUAUAGGCGCGAGCAUUGGGCUCAGCUUGCUGGUAGCACUACUUACCCAACUAAUUGUUGUACCAAUUCAAAAACGUAAAAUCGCUAAACAAUUACGCGCUCAAAACCCUGUCAAAUUCAAUUUUGAGGACUCUGUUGAAUCCUCACCGUCCGGUAGUCCUAAGAAAAAUCGUCGUCCAUUAUCACUCGUUAGCGAUGGCAAACAAUUGCCAGCAAUUGCCGAAAUCACCGAACUCGUCUCAUUAACCGAAAAUUCACCAAAAACCUUUAAGUUAGCACCUUAUGGGGUUAAUAAAAAUGGUCAUGUGACCACACCAAACAACGGUUAUACUGCAGAUGGCUACAAGAUUAAUCCGGAAAUAAUAAAGAAAGCCGAGGAUUUGCUGGGCAAAGCCAGUUUGGAUAAUACGGAUUUGACCAUUACUAGUUUGAAUUUCAUUGACGAGCAAUAUCAGAAUGGCAAUGGCAAUGGAUUGCUGCAGAAUGCCAAUAGGAAUAACAAUACUACCGGUAUGAUAUUGAAUGGUGGUGGUCAGCCCAGUCAGCUGCAGGAAUAUUUCAAGCCGAGCGUAAAAUCACCUUUGUUGGAUAAAAACAGCUUUGAACAUUCCAAUGAGCUUCCAGCACAUCAGCAACAGCUGCUCGAAAGCAAUCAAUCACCCGGCUGUAUUGCAAAUAAUAAAAUUACACAAACUGCCAUGGACACAAAUACCACCAACACUGUUACAACCGAACACACCACAACUUCUGCACCCGCUAUUGCGCUAACCGGUGAUGGAAAGUCACAAAUUUUGGAUGUGAUAGUUACGAAAGCGACCACAACUACGUUGGAGCCCGUUACAACAUCCACAACUGCCAAAAAGGAUUUGAAAGUGGUUGAAAGCGGUAGCAGUUUGGAAAUGAUGAUAACAUCAACCUUAUCACCGAAUUCCAGCAAAAUUCCAUUAAUUGAAAGCAAAGAAUUGAUACACGAUUUUAAGCAGACGCGCAAUGCACCAGCGCACAAUGACGAGGAGUCGGAGGAGGUGUCAAUGCUAUUUUCAUUUUUACAAAUUUUAACUGCAACUUUUGGUAGUUUCGCACAUGGCGGUAAUGAUGUGAGCAAUGCCAUUGGACCACUAAUCGCGCUGUAUAUGAUUUAUAGAGAGGGUUCUGUGAUGCAAAAGGCCGAAAGUCCCAUUUAUAUUCUGAUCUAUGGAGGUAUUGGUAUCUCAGUGGGUCUAUGGCUGUGGGGACGACGGGUCAUUGAGACAAUCGGCAAUGAUUUAACAAAAAUCACAUCAUCCACCGGCUUUACUAUCGAGGUCGGUGCCGCGAUCACGGUGCUUUUGGCGAGCAAAAUCGGCUUACCCAUUUCAACGACGCAUUGCAAAGUCGGUUCAGUGGUUUUUGUUGGACAUGUGAGCGCCAAGGGACAUAAACCAGUGAAAGCGGAAUUCUCAAAAGAGGCAUCAGUGGAAGGCGGUGCUAUUACAUCGUCCACUGCUACCACGCCAACAACAACAGCGAACGCAAAUGAAAUAAGCGCUAAAAUGACGGUGUCCUCAUCGACGAGUGCGAAUGCUAUAGCCAAUGGCGCCGGUGGUGUAGAGACUAUUGCUACUGGUGAUGGUGCUGCUGCUGCUGCGGGUGUUGCUGUCGGUGCUGUCGAUUGGCAUUUGUUCAGAAACAUUGCCUAUGCUUGGAUUGUGACCGUGCCGGUUACGGCGCUGCUCUCAGCUGGCAUAAUGUUUCUGAUGUGCAGCAUUGUUUUGGUCUAAGGCAAGUGUCCAACCAUAUGCAUCAAGGCGUUUGAUUACGAAGUAAAUAUUAAAAAAAAAAGUACCAUGUUACAAUUAUUAAGUAUUCAUCAAACUUACUAACGUAAGCGUAUCUACAUAUGUACACAUUAACGAUAUUGUACUUAUUAUGAUAAUGUAAUUUAUUGUUAUUAUUAUAAAAAAGCGAUUAAAAGAAAAUAUGAUAUACACAAUUAAAUUAAAAAUUAUUAAAACAAAAUUUGGCAGCGAAUAUGGAAUAAUUGUAAACAAGUUUGGAAAAAAGGGAAGCGUUACAUUUUAAAUAUUUGAAUAUUCGUGAAUUGAGUUCAAUUGUAAGUGCCAGUUAGUCUGCCAGUCAGCGUCAAUGCAUGGACUCCAUAUAAACAGAAUAAAAAAUAAAUAUUAUUAUUAAAUUUAAUUAAAUAUUAAACGAAAAAUUAAAAAAAAAGUAAUAUUUACAAUGGAAGAAACUAAGUACAUAUAAUUAAUUAAAGCAUGAACUAAGUAUUUCGUGCGUUGAUUGUUUGAUUUGAUCGUCGUUUAGUCAUGUCCGUAUGAUAUUUGAAACAAAAGUGUUUUUAAAUGUGGUUUAAAAAACAAAAUUAACAAACAAAAGGUAAAAAAAAAUUAUAUUAAUUCAAAGAACUCAGUGGCUACCGGUUGAUAUUGGCAAAAUAAUAAAAUAUUCCAUUAAAAGCAAUCGAUCUUUUUUAUUUUUUAUUACGGUAAAUUGAAUACACGUUAAUGGAAUAGCAACAAAAAAAAAAUAUAUAUAUAAUCAUAUAUUACAAAAUUAUAUUGAAAUUUUUUAGGCUUAUAAAAAUAUUAUGAAAAUUAAUAUUUGAAAAAUUGUGUAUGGAGUAUGUUAAACCUUAUUUUUUAAUAAAAUAUUGUCUAACAAUUAAAAGCAGUUAACGAUAAGCGCUCGAAAAAUGCCUGUCAUUAACCAGAUUUAUGUUCCGUUUCCUACUCUGUUCAGUUAAUUGUUUCAAAACUCAUUGUUAUUUUUUUGAACAGCAACUGUUUUCCUCGUCUCAACCUCGACUUAAAUGAAUUUAUUGUUUCUAAAACAACAAAACUUAGCGAAACAAUAAUUUAAUUUUUAAACAAACACCUUGUAGAAUAAACUCGUACAAGUACACUAUUAAAAAAAACAACAUUAUUAGUUAUGAAAUUAGUUAAAACAAUAAAAGUAGCAAAACUACGCUAUAAAUAUUAUAGCUGUAAACAUAUUUGGUUAAAUUUAGUUGUGGACGGAAAUGAAUUUUGAUAUGUUGACAAAAAAGUAAAUAAUUUUAGGUAUCCAAGUAUUUAGAGUACUACAAGUACAUGCAAUUGUAGUUGUAGUUGAAAAUAUUAAAGCAGCGAUAGAAAAUUGCAAAUAAAUAAAACAGAACACAAUUAAAAUAAUAUGAUUAAAGGCUGCAUGCAAAGUAAUGGCUGAAGGAUGUCAUAACUUAUAAAGCUAUGCAUAUAUGGCAACAAAAAAAUGUAAUGCAGUUGGCUUAAAAGUUCAUUAAAUCGAAUAAAGAUAAUAUUUUAUUAUUUGGUUUUUGCUCAAAAUAUUUUUCAGUGAUAAAACAAAAAUAUUUUUUUAUAUUAAAAUAAGUUUUGUUUGAACUUAGUAUAGUGAACUAGUUUUGAAACUUAAAACUUGGUACUUAAAUUUUAAAAUUUUGUUUUAUAGAAAAAAUUGUGUUUGCAAAACUUUCUUAAAUUUUAUUUCACUAUCAUUAAAGUAUAAAAAAUGAAGCUAUAAAUAUCCAACACAAAUCUUAGAAAUCGAAAUUUUUCUGAACAACUUAAAUUCUAUGUUCGAAUUGAGUAGUGAUACGCCAUUUAAGUACAAGUCGUUUUGUAAUAAAUAUUCUUUCUAAGCAAUUCAAAUACUAAAUUAAGUUUUAUAACAAAAAUUAUAUUUAAAACAUUUUUUUUAAGUAAGUACAAACCUUGUUUCUUAAAUUUUUAUACAUUUUAAUUACUAUAUAAAUUUUUGUUUAUCAAUAGAAAUUUUUUUAAAUUAUUUUUUAUUUUUUAAAGAAAAUAUAAGCAGUUGUAUCGCAGCAUAAGUAAUUUCAGAAAACAGCAUUAAAAACAGUAAUAACAGCAAACAACUGUUAAAGUUUUAAAUAAUCAGAAGACGCAUACUUUUCAUUAAAAAAUUACAAAUUUGUAAACUUCGAGACCCAAAGUGGAAGAAUGAAAUGUCAAUAUUAGUAGCUAAACAAAUAAUUAAAUAUAACUGAAAAAAUGUAUAAGAACAAACAGUUUUAUUGUAGUUGUGUAUGUGACUAAAGGGUAAUAAGUAAUUACCAAAAAACUUUUAAACAAACAACAGAACAACAACCUAGUUAGUUAAGCUAAUAUAUACGCAAGGGCAGUAGUAAAAAAAAACAAUAUUUCCGAUACAAAGAGUAAAUUCAAAGUAGAGUAAACCCGAAAAAUACAUAUAACAAAGACAAACAACAAA